CGAUGCUUUGUUGAGCAGUCCAGCAGCUUGCAGCUGCUGUAGCAACAGCAGCCGUGAACGGUGAGCUUGCAGUUGAUAAACACACACACCACUGCACAGGUGAUGGCAAUCAGCACAUCCUGAAGUGCAGCAGGGAACAGGGACACACAAUUAGGCCCCCGGAAGACGUUACCAUCUGCGGCCGAGAUGUGGCAGUUCCGGUUGGGUUUGGACGGCUGUGUUUUGUGUUGAUUUUUGACGUGAUGGCAGCAUUCCGAGGUGGUUGCUGAUUGUGCAUCCGCCUCCCCGAGAGAGCCGUGCGUGAGAAGGAAAGAGAAAACGUUCACCAGAAAGAAGCUGGCACAUUUUGGUUCCACAUUGUGCCAGCAUUCGAUCCGUUCGGGAGUGUUUGUGGAGUCCAACGGUGAGUGAAGAGUGCGGCCUUUCCGGUGGAAAAUGCGCUCGUGAGAAAGAGAGCACCGCGCUCGGUAGUGGUGUGUGUCGUGCAUGGUGUUGAAUGUGCGUAGAAUUUACCGUAAUGCAAGCUGUCCGAGCUAUCGCGGUGUGAACGUCACGCCAUCAUUAAACAUCGUAGAAAGAAUUGAGAAAACAAAAGAAAGAAAUUAUAACAACAGUGCAACAUAACGAUAAGCUCAUCCAAGCAAGCCAGCAGUACCUGCCGCGUGCGUGUGGAACAAAUCACAUCUAUAGUGCGGUUACGUUGUCCCAGCAACACAACCAGCAUAAGUUUCAUCUCGCUGCCUUGAGGAGGCCAAAGGUAACAGGGGCAGCGCCCUGCUCUGCGUGUUUGCUCAGUGUUGACAUCGAAUCACAGUAUCGCACACUAUCCAAGGCAGCAGGACAGCGAAAAAGAGAAAUCUAAUUUGAUACUUUGAACGAUCCGAUCACCGCGCGAUGAUUUACAUUGGCACGCCCUGUACACCAGUUGGCCGUUUUGGAAACAUUUGAAGUGCAUUUACGGCGUUGGGCGGCAUACAUUGCACCGUGCUACUGCUGUGUCCGUUGUUGGAUUGCCGUUUAUUGGGAACCCCACUGAACCUGCGCGGUGUCUGGCAGUCCACGUAAUCAAGGUCUUUCCAACGUUGCUGGUCGUCAUGUAAAUGAAAUGAAUGAAUCGCAGCCAACUAGGAAGUAGCUACGUCCGCACAACUCACACCGACAUUAAGAACGGGAACCGUAGGAAUGUCGGUCCAGAGUGUUUCGUAAACGUCCGCGACAAAGAUGUCCUCACCGUUUGAGACAUCAUCGAUGAUGGGUUUUGACGUGUAAAAUGGCCCAUCACAAAUGAUUUUUAUCACCCGGUUUUUAAUUACCCUAAUUUUCGUCCGCCAAUCAGUCGGUGUUUAUAGUUAGCUAACAAAAGAAACGUCGGUUUUUAACAGAAUAGUGAAUCAUCAUCGCACGUCUGUGGUGGCAGCAGCUCAUCGGCAAUUAGUUAGUUAAAGAAACGAGGAAAAAAUCGUCCCGCUCUGUCCGGCACGGCUCGAUGUUAUGUUGGUUUGAAUGCAGCUACCAGCUUUCAGUUGUCUCCUGCCUGCCUAUCCGUGGAAGACCGGAAGCCUGCCAAAAUGCGACGCACUAGCCGCAACUCGUUCAACUUCGAUUUCCCCCUAAGACGCUUGCUGCUGCAGGGAGCCCGGGCAGCCCGCGGAAGUCCACCGCUCGGACAGCGACUGUGCGAUGCUGAGAAGGGCAGUGGGUCCGGCGGCGGAAGCGCCGCCAACGCGGGAGGAAAGCACGAUAAGACUGGGUCGUCUGGCGGCAAUAAGCACAAUUCCGAUGUAUCCUCGCAACAUUCGGCCAACUCGCCGGGCAACCUGGACCGUGGCACGUCCAGCGCGAAACUCACCCCCAGCAGCCACAAAUCGUCGCACAGUCUCCACAGCAAGGGAGGUGGCUCCAGCGGGACCGGGUGUGGCUCGAACGCUUCGACCGCAGCUGGCUCGAGUGCAGGAGCGAUCGGUGGCAAAUGUCCCGACGAGUGUCCGCUAUGCUACGACACCACCGUGCCGUCGGGCGAGGAGUUUUACUCGCUGCUAAACUGCAAACACUAUGCGUGCCGGGCGUGCCUCGAAAACUAUCUGAUGAUCGAGAUAUCGGAGUCGCGGACGGACAUUUCGUGUCCACAGUGCACAGAGUCGAUGCACCCGACCGACAUCCAAGCCCUGCUGAAGGCGUUUCCGGCUGCCAUCACCAAGUACGAGGACUUUAUGGUGCGAAGGGUACUGCUGGCUGAUCCGGACUCGCGCUGGUGCCCGGGACCGGACUGUAGCUACGCCGUCAUCGCCAGCGGGUGCGCGUCCUGCCCGCGGAUAUGCUGCCAGCGGCCCGGGUGCGAUGUGCAGUUCUGCUACCACUGCAAGGCCGAGUGGCACCCGGACCAGACCUGCGAUGCGGCUCGCGCUUCCCGCCAAAGUCCGACGCGCGCCCCGUCCGGUAGUAUUAGAAAAAGCUCACAGCAUAAAGAUGAUAUCAAACCAUGCCCACGCUGUCAGGUGCUGAUCGUGAAGAUGGACGACGGUUCCUGCAACCACAUGGUGUGCGCCAUCUGUGGUUCCGAGUUUUGCUGGCUGUGCAUGAAGGAGAUCAGCGAUCUGCACUAUCUCAGCCCGUCCGGCUGCACGUUCUGGGGCAAGAAGCCGUGGUCGCGCAAAAAGAAACUGCUCUGGCAGCUCGGCACCCUCGUAGGUGCCCCGCUCGGUAUCGCUCUGGUGGCCGGAAUUGCCGUUCCCGCGAUGAUCAUCGGUAUCCCUGUUUGGGUUGGACGCAAAAUACACACACGCUACAAGUCUGCCGGCAAGCAUAAACGAAACUUUGCCGUUUUGGGAGGAGUGACGGCAUCGGUUAUCGUUUCGCCUGUUCUUGCGGGGUUGGCCGUUGCCAUCGGUGUGCCAAUAUUGUUGUUUUAUGUGUACGGCGUCGUUCCCGUGUCGCUGUGCCGUGCCGGUUGCGGCGAAGGUACGAAGUUUGAGUUUGACGAGGAAGAAGAUAACGGUUCCAGAAACCACGAUGCAGCCAGCGUGGAUGCGGUGUCGCGCAUCGGCGCUACCAGCAUCGGUGAGGUGAGCUUAAGCGUGGCCAGUGGUAGUCAUCUCGGUGUGUCCAGUCAGCAUUCGACGUACGGUGUGGCGAACCCAUCAACCACCGCAGUCGCCGGCAGCAUCACUGGAUACCGCCUGGAGGUGCAGGCCGAUGUGAGCACUUCGGAAACAGCGUCGGCCGUAACGUGUGUUAGUGAAAAAUCUGGCAACACGUUGAACGAUGCGGCGUCGACGAAGGCUUUGGCCGGCUCAAUACUGAGCUACAAGCAGCAAACCGAAUCGAGCGCCUUCAGUGAAGAUGGUGCAUCGGAGCGGGUCCGCUUCGACAAUACCGUGUGCUACGUUAUCGAUGGCAAGAAGGACUCCUGUGAUAUCUGGUACACUGUCUCGUUGGAUCAGGAAACGGCCACCGAUAAGGCGAGUUUGGGUAGUGGUCGUUCAUUCCGCAGCUCCGAGCGAUCGUUUAGGGACGAUUUUGACUCAACCAGUGUAUCGUCAGCUCACAAGCGCAUCAACUUUGGCAAACUCAUACCGAAACUUGGCUCUGGUCAGCACCGAAACCUCUCGGUGGACAGUGCAACCGGAUCGUACAACAUCCCCGAGAACGUUAGUCUAGAGCAAGAAUUGGAACAGGAAGAAACAACUCCUGCCCCUGCACACUCGCAGCAGCUACAAUCGCAGUCCCAACCGCAGCAGCUAGCAGCAGCGGUAGCGGCAACACAACAACCGCUACAGCCAUCGUCCCUGAAUCAUCCGUUGCCGCACCAACGUUCGAACUCACUGAACCCAUCGCCGCAGCUGUCCAUGCGAAGCGGUACGGCUGCCGCCGUGGCAACACGUUCGAUCGCCAGCAGACGUGAGCUAGCCAGAUCUAGUGAAGCCAUCAAUCUGGCGAUUCUAAUUGAACGAUCGGCACUGGCGACGUUGGUGGCCGCUAACGAAACGGCUCAAAAUCGAACCAACGAAUCUAAACCAACUCGUGCAUCGAUGUCGAGCACCAACUCAUCGGCGUCAUCCUCAGCGCUGGCCGGUGGAGAAGGAGAAGAGUCGUUACCUGAGCGACCACCUGCUUCAGCACCGAAAUCACGGACAACCAUUUUGCGAAAUCUGUUCUUCUCCCUUCCUAACCCUAGUGACGCUUCAACGGCUGGUGUGGUCGAGUAUGGUCCGAAAAUGAAGGCAGCAGCGGAAGCGACGAGCAUGGCUUCGUCCUCUCCGCAAUCUUCCGCCUCCCAGAUGCGAUGAGUGACGGUGGUACCAGUUUGAUACAUAACAAAACAACAUGAUCCGUUUACCAGUCACUGGGGGGAAGAAAUUUAACACAAAUCUGCAUUUGGGAUAUCCCGCCACCAGGAAAUGGUAGUACAAGAGAAAUGUGAAACCGAAGAACGAAGAUUUUUCAGCGUUGCUCUUCGUUCUUUCGUUCUUGUUGCUUUUCGCCGUUAUCCUUCGGUCAGGGUAUAUCAUCCAUCAAACGAUAUCACAAGACUGCGAACGCGCAUAAGGUUCUAAAAAAGCAUCUCUUUGCUGGUUAUACAAAAAAAGUAGAAAAUCAUGUCCGUCGUGCGGAACUAGCGAAAAGAAGCACCGAAGACUAAUCGGAUUCAAAACCGAAGGGAUCGGUUUUGUUACCUUCGAAAGAGCGCCGUAGGCAAUAGUGGACUUGGCGUGAUAACGGCAAUUGCCCCUUUAUUGUUUUUUGAGGCUGAAAUCCCGUAGAGACAGAAACGAGAAGCGAGGCAAGGAGAGUAUGGGACAAUAUGAGGGAUAGUUGGCAUAACCAUGCUCGCGAACGAUGGUACGAUACUAAGAGGAAGCGACAGAUGGAAUUUGGGAAAGAUUGCGUAGUGCGUUCCGAAACGCGUCGUAUAAGAAUAAGGUUGCAGAGCGAGGUUUCGUUCGAAAGCGGUGUUAAAUCCUUAACAGCAAAUUUCCUCUCUUGAUUAUGGGAUAUAUUUUCCUUCGUUUUUUCUAUUUAACACAACAGAGAGCGAGGGCCAGCAGUGUUUAUGCAAGUAAUUCGCAUCGAGCAACAAGAAGUCGUCAGAGUGAGAGAAUGUGAUGAACGAUGCAUGAAA